AUGGAUACAAAGCCCAUUGCUGUUGCUCAUGUUCAAAUGGCAUCAAUCUCUGCAUCAGGUCCUAACGGUAACAACAAAGCAAAGUCUUUUGUCGUAUCCCCUGUCUCGUGUGCUCUCCGUACGGUCAAGCCACCUCAGGCUACAAUCCAAACAGAGAACAUGUUCAGUCCUCUUGCGUCACCUAUAAUGCUACUUGGCUAUGUUAAUGGUACAAUCUCUCGUCCAUCAACAACACGCUCGGCCACUGGUCCUACAGGAGCCACUGAAGAACCAAAUCCGGAGUUUGCAAAGUGGAUCCGCAAUGAUCAGCUGGUUAUGGCAUGGAUCUUUGGUUCUCUGUCGGAACCAUCACUCCAAGCUUUCUACGGUAUGCAUUCGUCUCAAGAGGUAUGGUCAGCGCUUGCUAAAAAGUUUAAUCGAGUCUCUACUACUAGAAUGUUCGAACUGAAAAAUAGAUUGAGGGCAUGUAUUAAGUAUGGGAGACCUAUGGAUGAGUAUCUAAGUGAACUAAAGCAAGUGUUUGAUCAGUUAGACUCAAUAGGUUUUCCUAUGUCUGAAUUAGAGAAGAUUCAUAGCUUGUUAACUGGCUUAGGCAAGGAAUAUGAAUCUAUUGCUACUGUGAUUGAGCACUCAAUGGAUGCUGAACCUGGUCCGUGUUACGAAGAUGUCGUUUUCAAAGUCAUUGCUUUUGAUGAUAAGCUGAAGACCAACUCUGCUGCUCCUCCGGUCACACCUCACCUCGCCUUUCAAGCUGAAAAGACUUACUUCGACAGGGGCUCUAGUAACCGAGGAGGACGGUCUGGCUCUGGCGGUGGCUACAGAGGAAGAGGAAACUAUUCUACUAGAGGUCGUGGCUUUCAACAGCAUGGAAGCAGUCAGAAUAGUGGAUCUUCUCGUCCUACUUGUCAGAUUUGUGGGAAAUAUGGUCAUAGUGCUGCCAAGUGUUACAACCGCUACAAUGAGGAUUUUCACUCCAGACCUACCUACUGCUCUUGCUGCUAUGAGGGUUUAUGA